UGUUGUUUCCUAUUCCAAAGCACAACAGUGAUAGAUGCGACGGUUUGGUAGAGCAAGAUUCCGAAAACAGUGAAUAUCAGAGCGUUUGUUUGGCGUAAUCAAAGCUCAGAAUGUGUUUAUAGAUAAGAUCCCGUCAAGCAAACUCUUGCGUUUAUACUCGGCAACCUUUCGACAGUGUUGGUUCCUCUACAAAGAUGGAUCAAGAUAGAAGUGCUCGUGUCAAGACGAUUGUGGAAAUGUUAAGGCGACACAUACGUGAUGCAGAGGCAAGACGAUUUGAAAGAAUUGAUUCAGAGGAAGAAACAAGGGAUGCGAGUCCUGCACCAGGGCCAAGCACCAACCCACAGCAACCAGCCACCACCAAUCGAAAACGAUCCAAGACCGGCGACGGCACAAGGGUCUCUAGUGAAUCAGAUCAAGAAGAACGGGAUGUGGACCCUACACCUGGGACAAGCACCGACAACGUUCAACCAAGGGUUAAGCGGAAACGAUCCAAAGACCCUAGCAGCAGAUCAACGACCACCUUGAGUUCAAGCAAUAUGUUGGAUACAAAUCGAAAUGACUUUUCUUCAACCUCAGCGACCACAGUAUUCGAGGAUGAUAGAUUGAAGGCUUUUUGCCAAAAGAAGAGGAGUCAUCGCUAUACUAAACAUGGUAUAAAUGGCAUUGUCUAUCGGAUUUGGUUCGCUCCCAAGCAAAACGUACCACUUUUGGUGGUAAGUUUAACAUCCAUGUUUAAGCAAGUCAUAAAGUAUGUUUUGGAAAAACUCCAACAAGCUUUUUCCGAGGAAGAAAAUCGCCAAAUAUACAUGGUAAGAACUAACGCGAAUGAAAGUUUAAGCCAGGCCAUAACUUGAUGUGCUCCUAUGGAUUUCAGACUUUCAGCGCCGAAGGAAUAAAUCACGAAUUAAACACAGGAAACUUCAGCCUGCACACUGACGUCCGAGUCAUAUUAGAUAUCUUAAUGGAAAUAAUGUCCAAUUAUUUUCGAUCUAAUCAGGCGUUAGAGUUGAACCAGGGAGUGGAGCUUAGGGUCAAGCUCUUGUCCCUUGAGCAUGUGGACCACAAAGUGGCAACACAAGGUUUUGUACCUCAGGUUCCAAUCAAUCAAGAAGCAGGGGCUGGAGAUUUUCAAAUGUUUCCAUGGGAAUUCAAUGUUCAGUCUGACUUCAAUGAUUUGCGUUUCAAGGACAAUUGCCUUGUUUCCUCAGUGACGGCAGCUUUUUUCCUGGAACAAUUUUUGAACAAAACAGAUUUGAAAACUUGGGGCACAAUCCGGUUUUUACAUUCUCUGACUUUAAAACGAAGGCAGCGUGCUCAAAUCCUUCUGUAUGAGAAAUCAAUAGAAAUUGCAAAUCUGUAAGUAAUACUUAUACCUGUUAUGCGUAUGAAAUUAAAGUGAAAUCUUCUGUUAAUGGCACUUUCCAUCAGGUUGAACAUAUCGUUCGGAGGGCCUCAAAAAGUUGAAGUGUUCGGUGAUGUUGCCGCAGUGUUAGAGAUGAACAUUGUUGUCCAUGGAUCGCAUGGAAUAUUAUAUAUGUUUCCCACGACCUAUGCUCCUCAACAACCUAUCUUGAACUUGUUCUUGAGGCCAGAUGGUGUGGAUUGCAUUGCUCACAUAUCAGUAAUCAAAUACAUGUCAUUGUUUGAAAAGACCAUGAAGAAGCGAUGUUAUUUCUGUAGAAGCGUGUUCCAUUAUCGAAGUACUCACUCUUGUGAGAAAAGCAAGCCUUGUCUGAAGUGCAAGAGACCGAUUUUGCUUGAGGACUAUUUCAACGGACCAAGUAUGAAAAAUACUUAUUGUCCCUCUACUUUGACGGAAUCCAAUUGGGAGCUGAAAUGUCAACAUUGUGGUCAAGAAUUUCAGUCGAGAAACUGUUUGGAAGUGCAUACGAAAUCUUGCCGGCAUACUUUGUACUUCACUUGUUGCAAUCGUCAGUUGCGGGUUCGAGGCAAGUCCCCAAUUGAAUUGCGAGCCAUUCAUGAUUGCUCUAAGAACUUCUGCCCAUCUCCAGAAAUUGUUCAAAGGGGGAACAAAGAAGACCAUUGGUGUGAAGAGAGACAACAGGACAAAAUGCUGAUAUCUUGUGCCGAAUACUUUCACUUGAAGAGGGUCGAGGAGGCUCAUCAGAAGUGUCAAAGGAAGAUUGAAGAUAAAAAAAAACAGUAACCAAGAUAUUUCCUGGGCUAAAGAAAGCGUGGAGAAGGA